UUGGUCAACUUAUCGAUAACAAUUCCAGACCCGAUUAAUCAGCUGUUUUUGAGUUUUAAUCUCCUAUUGGUUUGUUUUGAUUUAGCCAGCAAAUAUUUGAUAUUAUGUUAAAGAGCAGCAAUAUAAAUAGCGUUCUCAAUGAGCUCCCAAAUGAGUCUGCAAGGGAUCCCAGCGCCCAAUCUUCACCCAAUGGAAAACCAAAACAAGAUGCGGAAACCUGUUGCUCCUCCCAGGACAACGAAGUCAUGGGCAGUCUAGCCGCCUUGCAGUUGUCCGCUGGCGUCCUUCAAAUAGCGGAACCUCCGCUGAACCAUGUGCGCUCCCAGCUCAGAGAAUUAAUCGGCAGGCAGAACAAAACAUACAUCGACUUGUCCAAGGAGAAAUAUAAGCUGGACUGCAGCGAAGUGGCCAGGCUGAAUGACAUGAUGAGCGAUGUAAGGCGAUACAAGGAAAAGCUAACAAAAAUCAAGAAGGAAAUGCAGAGCGUCUACCAGCGCACCAAGGAGUUGAAGCUUUGAAUUGCUGAUUACAGAAACGAGCCGCUAACGUGGCGGCCUGCAAGCAGCGUGACUACCAGCGGAAACUCGAGAGGCUACAGCACGAGGAGUCGCUCAUUGGCAGCCAGUAAAAGCAGCGGUUCAGCUAACACCUAAGCAGGUGUAUUACGGAUUUUACAAGCUACACACCUUGUAAAGGCGCAUUUACAUUGGGAUUCCCGUUUACAACUAGCCAAUAUUGUAACAGAUAACAGUUGAACAAAAGUUAAACCAUUUGAAUACAUAAUAAUAAUAUGAAUAAUAAUAUUAAUAAUAAUAAUAAUAAUAAUUGUAUACAUUAUAAGACCUGGAUAUUGUAUGUCUGCGAUUAGUUGGAAAACAUGACAUUGUAUAUUAUGUAUAGUUAAGUAAACAAUUAAGAGAUUUCGCAGAAACAAGCUAAAUGCGCGCAGAGUGAGGAAAGCCAAUCACUACUAUACAUUUAGCUGCAAAUAUUAUUUAUAAAUAUACAAAUAUGUUUAACAUUAAGAUGGUGUGGAGAAACAAUAGUUGAACAAUCACAGCGCCAAGGCAGCGGCUUAAACUGAAAUUCGCGAUAAACAUUGUUUUUAACUACUUGAACAUGCAAACAACCAGCUGCGCUUGAAAUUCUACAAAUAA